AUGGCCAAGAAGAACUCCUGGACCACCGUCUCCCGCGCCAGCACCAAACCCCUCUCCACUCCUACUCCUACUCCUUCCCCUUCCCCCUCUCCUCCCCCAGCCAAAGCUAAAGUCGAAGAAGCCGAAUCCAUCCGACCCACCGCUUCCUCCCCCCUCCUCAACCCGAACCCAAAGGACCUCCGUGCAUUCGAGCACGACAGACAACGCGUCAAGAAGGCCGCUGACCUCGCCAAGAUGCGCGCGCGCAAAGCUGGUAUCGUGGACCCCUCUUUUUCUUCUCGAGUGAUCAAGUCCUCGAGGGACUACUACGGCUCCCUGCCUUCGCAGAAGGAGAAACUGUUGAGGGAGGAAGACAUUGAUGCGCUUGAUGGCGUGUUUUCGCCUACGUUGACAUUGCCAUUGAAUGGAACGAAGAAGAGGCGAGAGAGCCUGAUUAGUACGCCUGUCCGAGUCGAGCCUGCGAAGAGGGAAGUCAAGUUGGAGGAAUUGAUUGUUACUACGCCGCAGAAGAAGGCCGCCGGUCGGAAGAUGCGUGAUGGAGACUUUGAAGUAGUACCACACGUCCGGGCCGUCAUCGUCCUAGACGAUUCCGCGGACGUGCACGAUAUGGACGUGGAUGAGGCUUGGGAGCAUGUUACGCUCGACAACGACGAUGAUGAGGCCAGUUCGUCUUCGGACGGUGGGGAGCCUGUGUCGUAUGCCAAGAUUGCAGCUGCUGCGGGUCGCAAGUGA